CUCAACAUCGAAAAAGGCGAUCCGAACAAGCUCAUGAAGCAGCUGGGGUUCUCGACCAUCGAUCUGACGGAGCCUCAAACCGAGGUAGCCGCAGCGCCUUGCCCUCUGUCUUAUCGAAAAAAUCUUCGGUGCGCCGCCCUCUUUCUAUACACUACCAGCUUUUCGGACACUAUGUUUACCGCGUUCCUAAUCAUUGCGAUCUCAGGCCCAUGGAAAGUGAUUUCCUUAUGCCGUGCAACCGAACAAUCGAUUGAAGUCUGUGGUCGAUCACACUCUAUCGCUCGAGAUCUAUAGCGCUCGGGGAAGCUUCUCAGGCAAGGCAAGCCUUGAAGCUGAUAAUUGUCGAGCCCGAACUUGCGAAGGACAUUAGAUUGUUAUUUCCAAGUGUCGACGCUUGUCAACCCUAUCGAGAGUAUUGUCCCUGUAUGUUCACCCACUGAUCGAUAUCUUGUAGGCUGGCAGACGACGGCGCUAAUUUCCGAGUUGAG